AUGUCGACUGUUCAGGAGUGCAGGUUCGAGUCUGCGCAAAUGGACAGAUUUGAGUCCGAGAAGAGUGGACGAGCCAAAGUAGUUGAUUGUUGGAAAGACGGUUUUCGCUCGUGCCAUCGGCACCUUUUCCAGACAGAACGAAUGGAUGAGCAGUUCGUGUCGGAUUUGUCUGCAAAAGCGACGGACGGAGGUGCUUCUUCGUCUUUUGCAGGCUCGAAUGGCGAAAUGAUGAUGGACAGCCGAGACGAAUGUGACAAAUCUGUCACCUUGGCAACCGGUCGCCUGACGACACAGCAAUUGGCCUUUGCUCUACUCGUCCGCCGGUCGGAAGGGAUCGGCAGACCGUCUGGCCGCCGGACGGACGAUCUUGCUUGA